CGGCUAGAUGGAGAACACGUUCGUCGUUCCGUCACAUGAUGCGAUGCAAGAGGUGCCAGGAUUUGAUUGAACCUGUGAAUUGCGAACAGCAAUUGGCCCCGAAAACGAAUAUUCUCCAUUCCAUGCCAUUCCAUUUGGACGGAUGUCUCUCUCUCUCGGCUCUCCGCCUCUACCUCCCAUUUCUCAGCUCCCCCCCUCCCCCGUCAUCUAUAUAUUAUUCAGCUCCUUCAUCUUCCUCCCUGCAACUCUCCCUCCCUCACUCUCCCUCACGCCACUCCGGAGCUUCCUCGCAGAGAACCUCUCCGGUUCGCUCCCUCAUGAUGACGGUUUCUUCCGGCGAUAAUGCUGCUGACACCAAAAUUUCUCUUACGGGGUCAGCUCCACUAGAGGCUGUUCUAUUUGAUGUUGAUGGAACUCUGUGUGAUUCUGAUCCUAUCCAUCUCGAAGCCUUCAAAAUAUUGUUCCAAGAGCACUUUCAUUGGGAUGGGAAACAGAUAGGUUACAAUGCUGGAGUUCCGAUCGAUGAGCAGUACUAUAUAGAGCAUUUUGCUGGCAAGCACAAUGAAGAACUUGCUGAAUUCCUCUUCCCAGAUGAUAUUCCUAGGGGCGUCAAAUUCAUGGAGGAUAAGGAAACCAUGUUCCGCAAGUUGGCUGAAGAAAAGUUGAAAGCUAUCGAUGGUCUUUACAAGUUGCAGAAGUGGAUAGAAGAUCGUGGGUUGAAGCGCGUGGCUGUUACUAAUGCUCCUAAGACUAAUGCUGAAUUUAUGAUCUCUCGUCUUGGUCUUUCCGACUUUUUCGAAGGUGUUAUCCUGGGGGAAGAAUGUGAACACGCCAAGCCCCACCCAGAGCCCUACCUGAAAGGUCUGGAGCUGCUCAAGGUGUCGAAAGAACACGCUAUAAUAUUUGAGGAUUCAGUUUCGGGGAUCAAAGCUGGAGUUGCAGCAGGAAUGCCUGUCAUUGGCUUGACAACCAGGAACCCUGAACACAUACUGAUGCAAGCAAAGCCGACAUUUCUCAUCAAGACUUACGAUGAUCCAAAGCUAUGGGCUGCUCUGGAAGAGCUCGACAAGAAGAGCACUUGAAAAUUCUUAGCCAGCAGUGCACAAUUGGGUUAGUAUUAUCUCAGAGACCCCGCUGACUCAAUUUACUUCGCUACCUAGAGAUAAUGAUAGGUAAAUAAUUGCUCGAUCAUGAUGAUUCGACUUAGCAGCACCAUACAAUGGCGAGGGAUUGCCAGAUGUGCACUUAAAACGUAUCCUUCCACAAUUAUUAGCUUGAUUUGUAAAAGUAUGACUGAGUUGCACUCAGGAGGCAUAUACAAUACUCGGAUUCUACGAAAUUUGAUUAGCCAGAUUUGAAGGCUUUGUUUUGAAGCAAGUGGUAGUUCAAAGAAGUGAGAUAUGCUUUCAUGCUUGAAUGUAA